AUGGGCUGGGCAGGCGUCGUGACUCUUGUCGCGACUGCGGGCUAUUUUCUCUAUCGCCAUCCUCCACGCAGCUGGACUACCGAACAUCCCUCCGCCACUCCAGAUCCCGGACCCGAGGCACGGCCUACUCCUACCUCUGAGCCUCUGCCAGCAAGACAUGACGAAGGCUUCUCGACUCCUCCACCGAUAGAAAUAGAAGAAGAAAGUUCUCCGACCACGCCGAAAGCUUCGGCAUCGAGCGCACCACUCCCGGUCCUUGCAGUUCCUGCGCUGAACCUGGAGUCCGACACGAGCGACACUCGGAGUGCCGCAACGAAGCCACCUGCUCUGCAAAAUAUGAAUGGAUCAACCAAACCGCAACCGACAGAUCACAAUGAUCAAUUUUCGCAGACCAAGUCCCAGCCGCAGUUCCUUACACCCCGCACGCUCCCACAGGCACAAAAACCACCCACUCUCUCCGCACCCGCAAAUACCUCCUCCCUGAUGCCACCACCCUCAGUGCCUCGUCUCCGAGCAACACCACAGCCGAACAGAGCACCGCCCGGUCUUCAGCCUCUGCGCUCAAAUGCAAGCUCGCUUAUGCCCCCUCCCUCCGCCGCAGCGGGACUCCGCGUCCCACCAAGUGGCGGGGGCGGAGGUCUCAGCAACAGCACGCUGAAGCCUAGUCUGAAGAAGAACACUCGCAAAGUCGUCCUUGAUCCGGGAUACUCGCCCCUCGACUGGGCUGCUCUGGCCGCGAACCCGAAAAGCCAGCUCCGAGGCGUCGGUGUACCGCCUGGCCUGCUGCGCGUGACGCCGUCCAUGUUGAAGAUACAGAAUGGGCGCAAGGGCCGCGAUGCGUGGACGUCCUACCAGGGCAAAGUAUAUAAUAUCCAGCCCUACGUCCCGUACCACCCUGGCGGAAAGGGGGAGUUGUUGCGUGGUGCGGGCAAGGACUCGGCGCAACUGUUCCAGGAGAUUCACCCGUGGGUCAAUUGGGACGGGAUUCUCAGCGAGUGUCUUAUUGGAAUCCUGGUAUCUGAGAACGAUACCCAGUCCGAGAACGCGCUAGAUGCGAUGGAUUAA